AUGCGUGCUCUUGCCCAGAGCCGUCCGCUGACGGCCACGCCCAGCACCCGGACCUCACCUUCUAAACGCACUAAGGAACCAGGACGUCUUGGAGAAAUGGCUGGUUUCAAGGCUGAAGCAAACAGGAGUGCAGACCACGAGUGGAUCCUCGAGAGUGACCGUGAUCAGAGCAAGUGUGAACCUCAGCCCUCCAAGUAUAAAGAAGGGAAGCACUGCAUGUGUGACCUCAACCUAGCAGAGGUGGCCAGCGGCACCUCACAGCGAGCCCUGGAAGAGAAAACGCUGCCCCCCUUCCCGCACUCGCCCCAAGGCGCUGAAAAGCAGGGCGCCAACGGCUGUCCCAGAGCACGACCGCCGCGGGCUCCGGCCCGGCACUGGGCCACCGCCCUGCCCGGUGCGUGUGCCGCUGCACACGGGCAGCCCUCUCCUCGGCCGCUGCCGCCCGCCGUCCGGGGCUGGGGCCGCCGCUGCCGCCCCGCGCGGCCUUUCUCUCCUCCUCUGUCCCGAACGCGCUUCUCCUCCGGUUUCUUCUUCACUUUCGGCCACCCCGGCUCGUGUUGGGCCGUCGUCAUCGUAGCUGGGGGCGUGCACAGACCCCAAAAGCUCUGUCACGUCACUUGUCCCAGCCUCGCGGACGCGCUUCAGGGGCUUCGCCAAGGGCUUGGCUGCUCGCCUGGAACCGAGGCCGCGGCUUCAGGGUGUGCUGGGCGCGCGGAGGGGCGCCCGGGGCCUGAGGUGAAGGUCGGGCCGGGAGGGCGCCGGGCCCAGGAAGCAGCUCCGCCGCGGACGCCCCUCAGCGCCUCGCGGGAGCUGCGUAACCUCCGGGAGGGGGCUCAGGCCCCGACGCUCCCGGCCUGUGUCACACCGCCCGUCCUGCAGCAGACGCCGGGCAGCAGGCGCAGGAGGGCCCGGGCGGGACGCAGGCGACACACGGGGACGCGUUUCCCCACGACCACAGAAGCCGACCGAGGGGCAGCAGGCGGCCCGGAACCCCGCCCGCGGUCCGAGGUGCUCCCCGAAGCCCUGCCCGCGAGCCCGGACUCACCCCCUGCGCCCCCCCCCCAGCCGGCGCGCCAAGGGCCCCCGAAGGCCGAGCACCGCUCGGGCCUCCGCUUCGUGCCCCCGGCGCUGCGGGGCCUGGACGCGGGGCUGAGGGCUGUGCGGGCACUGCCGGCGUGUGCGGGCCCGGCUCGCCACCUGCCUUUCUGCGCUUCGGCCCCCGGCCGCACCGGAAGUGGGCGCCCCGACCGGAAGUCGCCCCCCUCCCCGGAGGCGCCCGCAGCUUGCGGGUCAGAGGUUGCCCGCGGCACUUCGGAGCGCGACCCGCAGGUGGGCGGCCGGCUGAGCUGCCCCAGGCGGCAGCGUAGACGAGGCGUGGGCGGCCUGAAGCAGGCGCCGCCCUGCGGGGCCUGGCGGAGCGGCAGCACUGCCAAAAAAGAAGAUAUAAAGCUGAGCGUUAGAAAGUUUCUCAACAGACGUAACAUUGUGUCUGGAGACUACACGUGGACUGAGUUUGAUGAUCCUUUUCUGAGCAGACACGGGCAGUCUGUGUCUAUUGCUGACCCAGAGCUGAAGCCCAUUGACUUGGGUGCCUGCACGAUUGCGCUUCACAUCUUCCAGCUGAACGAGGGUGGCCCCAGCAGUGAGACCCUGGAGGAGGAGACCGACAACAUCACGGCAGCGAGUCAUGGGUCCUGCCUGCAGCUGAAUUCCAUGGGCUUUGGUAUGGACAGCCUGGUAUACGAGGUGGAAGUCCAAUCUCAUCUCCUCGAUGAUGUGAUGACACCUUACUGUUUUCAGACAAGAACGCAUCGACAGCAGUCUCAUUGCCUGGAACAGGGUGGUGCUGUCUCAUGGUAUUUCUUCAGCUCCUUGGGCUCUGCCUUGGCCAGCCUGCUCUACCUGAUCACCAUCAUGCUGUUCGUUUUCAUCCAAUUCUUCAUCAACCUGGCAUGGCUGCACAUGCACCCCCACUACAAAAGUGCGGGCCCGCUCCUCUCUGGUGGGGCUUUCUCUCUGGUCACUCGCAGUGUCAGCCUCUCCCUCCAGCUGUUUUCGGUGUCCAAGAAGUUGAGCACACAUGAGUACUUGGCACAGGGCCACUAUCAAAGGACUCCAAAGUUUCAAGCAGGUCCUGAACCACUGUUCAUUAAAGUAAAGAUGCCACACAACCCCACCAUGGAAGCCCCUGAGUGUGGAGCAGGCGCUAUAGGAGAGACCAGUGUCAUCCCGUGUACCUCCAUCAGGGUGACAGAAGUCUGCCCUGCCACGGAAGACCCCGAGUCUGGAGCAGGGAGUCCCCCUGAGUCCCACGAUGCCUGACGGUUCCGAGGCCGGCAGGGGCUCCUGCUACAUUCAGGGUGCAGGGCAGCCCCACCCUUGGGGGUUCCCUUCCUCCUUGCAGACUCUCAUGGCGGCUGGUGGCCUGACCUUCAAGGGGAGCACUGGGCUCUGCAUGCAGGUCAAAGAAACGGAGGGAACCACGCACCAUCCUGAUUUGCACUAUGCCCCUCGCUCUGCCUCAAAGUCAUACUUUAAAGGCAUUUGUAGUUUCCAAGAUUCA